AUGGAUAUCAUCACUGCCUCCAAACCUCAGUCAGUCCUUGAUGAACCCUCGGCAAUACCUCUCGCUGCCGAGGUUCCUCCUUGUAACAACCCCAUCCCCAUCGAGCCGGUCGAUUUCAUCGAUAGCGACAACCCCAAGGUCCGCACAAAGCUGCGUUUAUAUUCCAUUUUAUCGGCGCUCUAUCUCGGCCUCUUCAUCGCAGCCCUUGAUCAAACAAUUAUCGCAAUAUCUAUUCCCACGAUAUGCGAUGAUCUACACUCUGCUUCGGGCUACGUCUGGGUCGGUAGUGCCUACUUGCUAGCAAGCGCCGCUUCAGGUCCAAUCUGGGCAAAAUGCAGCGAUAUUUGGGGCCGCAAGCUCAUGCUCCUUAUAGCAGUUGGUUUGUUUGCAGCCUCCAGCAUACUUGCAGCGCUCAGUACCACCAUGCCAAUGCUGAUUGCUGGACGAGCCCUUCAAGGCACAGCUAGCGGUGGCAUGAUACAACUAGCAAUCAUCACCAUCUCAGACCUCUUUAGUGUGCGAAAACGAUCCUUAUACAUGGGCUACGUGGGCUUCGUAUGGGCUCUAGCUGGAUCGGCUGGACCGCUAAUAGGGGGAGCGCUCACAGAGUUCAAGACUUGGCGGUGGUGCUUCUGGAUCAACCUUCCCAUUUGUGGGACUACUUUCGUCCUGUUACUUCUCUUCUUGGAUGUGCAUAACCCACGCACGAAGCUAGGCGAAGGUAUCAAAGCCGUCGAUUGGCUCGGGACUUUCUCUAUCCUAGCAGUAACCCUGCUACUUCUCCUAGGACUGGAUUUCGGCGGAGCGGUAUUUCCUUGGAGUAGCCCGAAAGUUAUUUGUUUGGUUGUAUUCGGGACCUUGAUGAUUGGCUUCUUCCUGUUCAGCCAGCAACGCCUAGCUAAAUACCCCCUAAUGCCGUUAGGCGUGUUUAAAAGCUGGUCGAAUAACGCCAUUUUCCUUAUUGUGUUUUCGCAUGGUAUGGUACUCCUAGGCAUAGAAUAUUAUAUGCCGCUAUACUUUCAAAGCGUACGGCAGGCCUCGCCUCUCCAUUCUGGUGUUCUACUAUUACCACUCAUAGUAACGCAAGCCGUCGUCGAAAUCUUGUCCGGCACCGUCAUCAACCGCACAGGCCGCUAUAGGGAGAUUAUAUGGACUGGCGUAAUAUUCAUGAUGAUAGGGACAGGACUGUAUAUCACUUUUGGACCCGGUACAUCCGUUGCGACAGUCAUCGGGCUGCAAAUCUUUGGCGGUCUCGGCCCUGGACUUCUUUUUCAGGGGCCUAUGAUUGCUAUCCAGAGCACUGUCAGCCAGGCCGAUACCGCGGCAUCCAUAGCGGCCUUAGGUUUUAUCCGUAGCCUUGCCAUGGCACUAUCCAUCGUGAUCGGCGGCGUAGUAUUCCAAAACAGUAUGGAUAGUCGGCAAUCCUCUCUUGCUGCCGCUGGCCUCAACGAAUCUGUCCUUGCGGCCCUGUCGGGAACCAACGCAGCGGCAAACGUGGGUGUUCCGCGUACGAUCCAAGACGCCUCGCAGCGGCAAGUGGUCUUGGAGGCUUUCGCUUUUAGUGUGAGGAAUAUGUUUAUAUUGUACACGUGCUUGGCAGCUGUUGCAUUGGUAGCCAGUGUGUUUAUCAAGCACCGAGUUCUGAAUACAGAGCAUACGGAGACGAAGACGGGCAUACAGCAGUUGAAGAAGGCGGCAAUUACUGAAGGAUGA